AUGAUCCUUCAUCUGUACAAGCAGCUUGCUACCGAAGAAUACCGCACGGAGACUCACUUAAGGGUAGUCUACGCUGUGACCGCAGCGAUCGAUCUCUGUACCACAGGAGCCGUGGUCAUGGAUGAGCCACUCGACGAGUCGCAUAGUGCUAGCGUCUUGCCAGCGUGGCAUGUUCAGCAUCCGAAGAGCUCGAAUGCCGAUGCAACCUUCAUGAUGACCACUGGGAAUCGAAUUCUGCACGAUGUCGUUCCAGACAGUCAUCCAUGUAAGAAGGAGCUUCUCCAGCUUUAUGCGGAGUUUCAACAAUGUUGUGUGAAUUAUGAAUGCGUGCUUGCGGCUCGGCAUCAACUAUCCACGGAAGAGUCAAUACGACGCGCAAUGCAGUUGGAUAUGGCCACGGUAACUUCUUUGACCGGAAGCACAUUCAACGUGCAGAGAACCGCUUAUUACACUACCUGGCUCAUCAGAGUAGCUCAGCUUCUGACGUGCUAUCAGCAAAUUCUGAGUACCCGCGAGCGGCGAAUUUUUUUCUUUGAUCUCAGCGCUUCCAUGUUGGACGUGUUGGGUAUUGUUGAUGAUCUACGGGACGGGAAGUGCAUGAACGUCGAGAUUCCCAAAGACCUGCCCAUAGACGAGUGUUCUCAAUAUGUCACGGAUGACAUGUUCAAGGAAUUCAUCGCUGGCGAACCGCAUAAUCCGUUUCUCUGGGCCAGUCUGGAGCUUGGGCGCGGUGAGUCCACUGCAAUGGACUUAUCGAGUCAACAAAAAGCGGAGAUUCUGAUCACAGUGGAGGAAUGCUACUGUGUUAGCCCAGAGAUCGCGGAAGAUAGCGCGGCAAGAAGAGCUCGACUCACGCGUCUUUGCGCCAUGUUCCUCAAGUACAAUAUCGUUCAGUAUGUGAAGCAGAAGACCCUGCGGGAAGCAAUUCGAAAAUAUUUGCUUAUCCAGCAAAUGGGCGUGAAGACUGGUCUCAGUCUGCCCCAGGAUCUGCUCUCGUACUCUUUGGGGUCCUUGGUCUACCAGGAAACCCAUUCCAGAUCGGAUGAGAUCGCCUCGAAAAUUCAGAGGAUCAUGGACACUUCACUUGUAGUCAUGAGUGAGAAAGAGAAGAUUUUUGGGCUGUUUGAUGCUUUGCAGGGAAUCUGA